ACUACAUAAGAUUGUGCUAGUUACCGUUAUAAAAGGAACGUCGCUACAAAUAAUUUUCUUAAUUUCCUAUAGACUAAUAAUGACACAUUACAAGACGUUUAUUUUCAACUCGAAUAACUAACUUUGCCGCCAAAUAUUUAAAAUGUCGCUAAAACCCGAACGCGGUCACACAUAUGUGCAAUGGAUGGUAGCCCUCCUAGCGAACACGACGCUGCUCACGUAUGGACUUCAGGCGGGCUGGAUUUCACCAAUGACCAAAACGUUGCAAUCUGAGUCGUCGCCCACUGGUGCUGCGCUAUCCGAUAAUGACAUAUCUCUGGUUGCGAGUAUGUUGUGUUUAUCGGCUAUGCUGGGUGUUGCUAUGUUCGCGUACAUAGCAGAUACCUACGGGAGGCGUGUCUGUAUAAUGACCAUCGCUGCGUUGCAAGCGCUAAGUUGGCUCGUAAAACUGUGCACCUCAAGCUUCUCCGGCCUUUUAAUAGCACGCGUGCUCUGCGGAAUACCUUCAGGGGGAUGUUUCAAUAUAAUUCCGGUCUACGUUAAAGAAAUAAGCCAAGACAACAUCAGAGGGGUCCUUGGAACGUUGCUGAUAUUAAUGCAAAACGUAGGCAUCUUGUCCAUGUUCGCGUUGGGAUCGCGCUUAGAAUACCACACGGUUUUGUGGAUCGCUAUCACAGUGCCUAUAGCAACUGUGUUGUUGAUGCUGAAAGCUCCUGAAUCCCCUGCCUUCCUAGUCAAAAAGGGAAAUAUUGCCAAAGCGGAAGCUACUGUAGCCCUCCUCAGAGGCCUGGAGGUGACGGACAAAAUAGUAAUGAGUGAAAUAGAGACGAUGCAAAAUGAAUACUCACAAUUCAAGUCACUACCUAAUAUCUCAUUUGUGAGCAUCUUUAAGCAAAAGUCCUGGCGCAACGGUUUUCUUCUAAGUCUGACGAUAAUGUCAAUAUUUUCGUGCAAUGGUAGCUACGCCAUUAUGACGUUCGCGUCCGCCAUCUUAUCAUCGUUCGGCGUGACUGUCAGUCCGGAGCUGCAGGCGUUGAGCUUCCCUGCCGUGAUGCUGCUCGCCUCCCUGCUGUCACUCUUCUACGUCGAAAGGCUGGGUAGGAAGGUAAGGCCGCCGACCCUGCAGAUUAAGAGUGUCCUCACACCACCCGUAUGUCAGCACUACAGCGGUAACCGGGAUACAAAACUGCUCGGCUCGCGUACGAACAUGUCCGAGCUUGAAUACACACGUACAUACCAAUGCUUCCGAAAGCCAUUCGUAUGUGAGGACCCACCACUUUCACGUUCCAUCUGGUACUAAGGUUAUGGAAACCAUGCAUUAAUUUGAGACACAGGGGGGUGAGGGCUGUCUAUAUCACUAAUAGACAGGCGAAUGAUACAGAACUAUACUUAUAACCUAGUACAGAAUAUUGAGAUUAAUCUGCAUUUCCAGAAAAUAUUAUCAGCGGCGUUUUUGGUAACGGCGGGCUCGCUGGUCUGCCUGGCGACCACCCUGCUCGCCCAGCAGCACGGCUGGGCGGCGCCGGCGUGGCUGCCCGCGGCCGCCAUGGUGCUGUCGCUUGCGUCCGGAGUCUCGCCUGUGCCCUAUAUCAUUAUGUCUGAAAUGUUUCAUUUCCAGAUUCGCGCCAAGGUGUUGGCUUGCGUGGUGACGCACGCGUGGUUCAUGUCGUUCACCCAGCUGGCGGCGUUCGGCCCCUUGUCGGCCGCGCUGGGACUGCACUCCACGUUCUUCGCGUUCGCCGCGGUGAACCUCUGCGGGGCCCUUGUGUCUCUGACGCUCUUGCCCGAAACGAAAGGAAAGACUCUGGAACAAAUCGAAAUUUCGUUACGAGGGAAACAUUUCUUUAGAUAAUAAUAUAGUAAUAAUGGUAGUUCUUAAUUUGUAUAUUAAUGUUAAUUAAUAACGGAACAUAAAAAUAAGUAUUUGUGUACAUAAUAUAUCUUUUUAUCUACGAGUACUGAACGAGAACACGGUAAAUAUAUAAAAAAAAUUAAGCACUAUUUUAUUAAUCGGAAUGAAAUCGCUUCCAAAUAUUUUUACCUAAAUAUAUGUAUUUGAGUGUUUUUUUUACAUAAUAUGUAUAUGUAAUGAUGAAUAAUAUGUAUGUAAUGAUGAUAAAUGAACAGAAAUCGAUGUUGAAUCAUUGGGAUCGAUGAGCUUAACAAAUGGAGAAUUGAAAUUGUUAGUAAAUAUAUUGUAAUGUUUAACUACAGUAAAGAAACUUUGCUAUUGCACAGCGAGCAGGAACUUCGACUGAACAACAAAACGUACACAGUGGAGACUCAUGUCUGUGGCUGAAGGGACAGUGUGAGGAUUCUAAUAUUCAUGUACAUAAAUGGCCAAAACUACUGGUCUUACUAUCUAUCUAUAUAAAUCUACUGGUCUAUAUAAAUCUACUACUGGUAGGACCUCUUGCGAGUCUACGCGGGUGGGUACCACCACCCUACUUAUUUCUGUCGUGAAGCAGUAAUGCGUUUCGGUUUGGAGGGUGGGGCAGCCACUGUAACUAUACUUGAGACCUUAGAAUUUAUAUGUCAAGGUGGGGGUGGCGCAUUUACGUUGUAGAUGUCUAUGGGCUCCAGUAACCACUUAACACCAAGUGGGCUGUGAGCUCGUCCACCCAUCUAAGCAAUAAAAAAAACUGUCAUAAAAAGAUAGCCUGUACAAAUAAUAUCAUCAUCAUCUCCUGUGUCCAUUGUAACUGGUAAAUAAAAUAAAUAAAAAUCGCAAGUUUUUGAGUUACGCCACUGUUCCACGAAAAUACGUUUUCUGUACUAGGACAUCAUAGCCGCAAAGAGCAAACGUGUUGUGUCACGAUGACGCGGUGUGCAGUAAGUAGGUACCAGUAUUCAAGCAACUUUUGUAUCGUUGUUUUUAUGAAUACACUUUCUCGAAUUUAAUUACAUGUUGUAAUUGUUAAAUCGACAUUUUAUUAUUAGUAAGAAUAGCAUUUAUGUCGAGCGCUAUUUGUAAUUAUUUACCAAAAAAACGAACAUGAACUUAGGCAAAUUUAACAAUGCUCAGGUUUUGUAGAAUAAUAUAACAAAUGUAAUACAUACACAUAGUGAAUGUCAACAAUAAGUUGGUAUGUAAAGAAGAACAUAUUAUACAGUUUAUGUAGUUUGUGGAUAAUAAAACAGAUGUAAUCACUUGUCUCUGCGUAAAAUUGUAAUAAGAUUUUUUUUAUAAUGCCUUAUAAUAUGUCUGUCUGUUAUGUAUUAGUACACCUACCGACAUGCAGAGCUUCUCCACAUACGAUCAACUAGUCCAGAGCCCUAGCAGUCUCGCAUUCCAGUCGAUGUACUCAUUGUAAUAUAUUGUAUCGAUUCCUUAAAUUAAUGUACAAAAGUAAUCGAGGUAUAGUGAAGUGUUUAUUAAGGUAUUAUUUAUGUAUGUAUGUGUGUGUGUAUAAUGAUAUGGAAUAUUCUAGAAUGAUUAUACAAUAAAAUACUUAA